GACUUUUGGCCAUUCCAGACAGCAUAGGCCUAUAGCCUAUUUUGUGGCGAUACUAAAAUGUGUUUUUCUGAUAUUACUUUUGUUAUAAAUGCAUCUUGACUUUCCAGUGGCAAGAGAGAACGCAGAAAGUGACGAAUGCGAGGGUGUCCUGUUUGUGUUCCGGAAAAAGAGAUCAAAGGCUGCGGGAAGCCACUGUCCUGCCACAGAGGGGAGAGCGAAGGGUUAAACCGAGGCUGGGGAAACCUGAUGCUAAUUAAAGGCUUUGGAAUGCCACACACUGACAUUCUAUUCCAGAACCGAGUAGAGUGUGGGUCGAGCGGCGGCUUGAGGAGGGAGAGAUGCAUGUCUCCCGUUACUCUGGUCUUUAAUGACAUUCAGUCGGGUUACCCAAGCUGUUAAACACCAGCCACAGACUAAUUAGGCUGUAGUGGGGCAGCUUGAUUGAUUUCAGUCGAUUGAUUAAUACUGCGCCUCCAUCUCUUCACAUAGACCGGAUAAAUGAACAGAGAAUGCUGUCUUGCAAAUCGACGCCUUUGAUGUUGUGGUGCCUCUUAUCUUCGCUCGCUAUCGUUGGCGGUGUUGCAGAGAUAUGCCGAGGGACGCAUUGUUUUGGUUCAGAGACAGGGGAUCCCAGACCUUGCUCUGGACCUCACUGUCCAGUGACACGGUCGCACCGACCAUCACGACAACACAACCCCACCACGCAGCUCCGAUCCUCGCAGGUUGCCGCUUACCACCAGCCAACAUAUCACAACACUCCACCACUAAGUUCUGAGUCAAAUCCUCUCGCAGCUCAGCGGGAGAGAUUCGCGGAUGUAGACCCGGAUGGCGCGCGGACGGUGGGGUUCGGACCGGGUUGCACGGGAGCGGAUUGUCAUAGCCCGCAGAGACAUCUUCAAACUGCCAAUGACACAAGGGAUUGUAAAGGGAUCGAGUGUAAACUGCCUCUAAGGAUAAGACUCAAGCCUCGACCCAGGGCAUGUGCAGGAGAUGGAUGCCUGUCUGGGAGUGAUGAUGAUGAUGUAGCCGCCGCCACAAGCCACCCCACUCUCGUCCACAUGCCAGACCGAGCUGCCCAGUUUCUGGGAGACUUGCCUGACUUUGGAAACCCCGUGUCUGACCAGGGAAGCGCCCCGCUGGGCGUUCAACUUACUUGCGACAUCAAGCCAGGGGAGAACGAGGUGCCCUCGGAGGAUGCCCUUAUCCUGCACCUGCAGCUGGCCAAGGGACAGGAGAAGCUGGUGGAGGCGCUGCGCUCGCAGCAGACGCUAAUCCGCGACCUGCAGCAAAGGCUGGCCGACCAGCAGGGGGCACUGCUGGCACAGCAGCGGGAGAUCCUGGACCAGCAGCGCCGCAUGUCCGAGCAGAUGGACGUGGUCAAGGCCCAGUAUGGCCUGCUGGCCGAGACCCUCAAGCAGGCCUCCUUCCAGGGCCUGCAGGGGGAGCUGCAGAGUUACUUCGAGAGCCACCUGGCUGGCCUCCAGAGCCAGGCGCGCAGCCACCUGCACAAAUCCUACGCCGUGCACAAGGUGGACGUGGACGCCAAGGUCAUGGACGUCCCCGGGGGUGUCGCGGUACCCCUGCCCGGUCUCAGCCACCCUGAGUCCCCCCAUGCACGCCACGUUCUGGCCUGCCCAUCGGCCUGUGGCUCUGAAGAGUACUGUGACUUCCAGAGGGAGCCACCCAGCUGCGAGAGCUGCACCAUGUGCCCGCCGGGCUUCUUCCUGGUGUCCCAGUGCUCUCCCACGGCCGACCGACUCUGUCAGGACAGGGAUGAAUGCCUUGAAUUACCAAAAGUGUGUGGGGAGCGAGUGAAAUGUCUGAACACCCCAGGGGGCUUCCGAUGCCUGGGUGUGUCCGAAAGGGAGGUGUCGGCAGGUCUCUGCGGUCACGAGUAUUUCUACAACCGCGAGCUUCAGGAGUGCCAGGCCUGCUCGGACUGUGACGGUGCGCCAGUCGCCGCGCCCUGUACGGCCACUAGCGAUACCGUGUGUGGCCCACUCGCCCUCUCCUCCGACAGCCGGCUCUCCCAGGUCUGGAGCGCAGCCUCCGGGCUACCCUCGCCCCGGACUCGGGCCGGACAGCACGUCUUUCCCGGGCUCCAGCUCAGCGUGCGUGGCGGCGAGGCCACGGACCUGCUGCAGUCCAGCCAGGACGGGCAGCUCACGCUCAGGCAGCACGGACUGCUGUGGGUGGACCACAACGUGGCCGUGAAGCACAGCUGCAGGAACUACCUCCAGGUGGGGGUCAGGCUGAAUGGCAGCGAAGAGGAGGUCCAAGACCUGAGCAGCGUACGGCUAGAGCAGCCUGAAAGGAAACGCGUCCAGGGUGUGAGCGUGAGUGUGGCGCUGGAGGUGGAGCCCAACCACACGCUGUCUCUGUUCCUGCGAAGCCCCAACCAGCACUGCAACAACAGCCGUGACCUGCAGGCCUUUGACCUGAGUGGACCGUCCCUCAGCCUGCUCUGGCUCUCCCACGACACGGGCGCCGUGGCCAUGACUGCGCACAUGACCGCCUCCGCCGCCCACUACCAGACCAGCUACCGGCCAUCAUUCCGCGUGGCCGCCGUGUCGGAUGCAUACAUGCUGGCGCUAGGCCAUGACGGCCGGGGCGUGCGCUUCACCGAGGCCGGCGUGGUCAAGUUCGUGGUGCAGCAGGCGCUGUACGCCAUGGGCCACACGUGCGUGCGUGAGGGCUUCUCGCUGGUCGCCUACGUGACGCGCAACGGGAGCAGCAGCGAGGUGGCACGCGCCUUCAAGUCGGGGGUCAACUACCGGGACACGUCGGUCACGCUGUCCGGGGCGGCCCGCGUGGGGGCGGGUGACUCGCUCAGCUUCGAGCUGCUCUCGCCGGCCCAGUGCAGCGUUCGCUACUUUGGCGACAGCUCGGGCGUCAGCAUCUUGAGCGUGAUCUGGAUCCCGCCGGCGCUGGCCAGCGCGCUAUCCGCCAGGAUAGCUCGGGCCGGCCUCCCAUCAGGCGCAGUACGGAACAAGGCUCUUCUCUUUCAGCAGCUGGACACAGACCCGGGAGUUUCCCCUCCGAGGCAGGUCCGACUGGCUGGCACUGGUGAUGCCCAUCCUGGACGCAACUUCGUUUUUGGGGAGGACGGCACAGCUAACGUGGCAGUGACCCUCAAGCUCAUCCACUCAUGCAGUGCUGUCAAGCUGACCCUCUACAGGCAGGACACUGGGGGACAGAGGGGACACGCGAGGGGUCAGGUAGGUACAGCCCCGUUGGCACAGCAGGUCAGUGGGCACAUGCCAGAGGGGAGUGAGUGGGCCAGCGUGGGUCUCCGUACUUCCUUCACCAUCCAGAACGGCACGGGCAUCUACGUGACGCUGGACUGCGUCCGUGGGCGUAUUAACCAGAUUAGCCAGGAGGGUGGCCCUAACAUGUCCAUCCUCUGGGUGGCGCUGUGAUCAGGAUUGCUGCAUGGAUUGAUUGAUGUUUACCUGAAAAUAUUCAAAGGUUUUUGCACAACUGUUGUAAACCUGAAACAGACAAAAAAAUCUUUUCUCAGACAUUCUGAGAUGUAUUAAUGACAUAGCACAGGUGCUAUAUGGAUAAAUCUAUCUUCAUACAUUUAUGUUUUUAAAGUAUAUUAUUAGGUUAUACAUGUUGUUACUUUAUUGUCAGUGUACCCUUUUUGAGUUAUAUGAUUUCAGUGAUUCAUUAAUACGUGUCUCCUGAUUGCAGGGACAGUGGAGUUUUUAUAUAUUGACAAAAGUACUUAAAGCACUCAAGUACUUCGGCUGGUUGACCAGAGACCAAUUUUUCCUUAGAGAGUGAGUUUAGAGUUUUCUGUGUUUUGAUUUUAAUUUCUGUCAAGUGUGUGUGUGUGUUUGUGUGUUUCUGUGUGAGUGCGAGUGUGUGUCACAUAAUGUUUUAUUCAACUGUGCAGGAAAUAUUUGUCUGUCCAUGGUAGAAAAUGUUUCACAAAAUGUGUGCUUGACAUUUGGUUGAGUUCAGAUAAGUUAUUUAUAACACUUAGAUUUAACUGUAUGGAUAUUAUGUACUGUAUGGCCCUCUAAAAUAAUAGCAAACACAUGCCCAUGAACCUGGUAAUUUUUAAAAAAUCUGUCCAAAUAUGUUAAUUUAUAUAUACUAUCACACAUAUCCUUUUUUUGUAGUGAGGCAACAGGUAUGUCAGUUUAAGUUAGAUGACAACCUGCAUUUAUAUGAAGCGUAUACGUAUAUCGGUGCGGUGUGUAUAUAAGGUAUAUUUUCUUUUACUGUACAUGACAUGUAUGAAAGUGCAUGUGGACAUGAUAUUUGUUUGUCUGUGUUUGACUGCAAAAAUGGCUCUGAUUCCCAAUGGGGCUGUGUUAAGUGUAUACUGCAUAUGUUUUGUGUUACCCUGUGCAGCCUUGUGGAAGUGCUGUCUUAGCAUACCAUAGUUUAAUUGUUCCUGUAUGGUCCCCAUUCGGCAAACCAAUUAGGAAAAAUGAAGUGUUUUCGAGAAUUGGCAGCAAUACAGUCACUGAAAUGUCUCCUGCUAUAUAACCACUUCCCACAUGCAAAUGGUGAUUGAAUGAGUACUAGUUAUUUCCUAAACCACAAGUGUAUCAGUGUUGUAGACAGACGGGUGUAGUCUUUAAAUGCAAAGAGAAUGAAUAAAACAUAUAUUUUCCUUA